AUGUUGGCUUGUGUUGCAGACCUUUCGCGGUGCUGCGCGCCUUGUGGUGCUGCGCGCCUUGUGGUGCUGCGUGCCUUGUGGUGCCGCGUGCCUUGUGGUGCCGCGUGCCUUGUGGUGCCGCGUGCCUUGUGGUGCUGCGUGCCUUGUGGUGCUGCGUGCCUUGUGGUGCUGCGUGCCUUGUGGUGCUGCGUGCCUCGUGGUGCUGCGUGCCUCGCGCUGCUGCGUGCUUUGCCGUACUGCGUGCCUUGCCGUACUGCGUGCCUUGCGGUGCCGCGUGCCUUGCGGUGCCGCGUGCCUUGUGGUGCCGCGUGCCUUGUGGUGCCGCGUGCCUUGUGGUGCCGCGUGCCUUGUGGUGCCUUGUGGUGCCGCGUGCCUUGUGGUGCCGCGUGCCUUGUGGUGCCGCGUGCCUUGUGCUGCUGCGUGCCUUGUGGUGCUGCGUGCCUCGUGGUGCUGCGUGCCUUGUGGUGCUGCGUGCCUCGUGGUGCUGCGUGCCUCGCGCUGCUGCGUGCUUUGCCGUACUGCGUGCCUUGCCGUACUGCGUGCCUUGCGGUGCUGCGUGCCUCGUGGUGCUGCGUGCCUCGUGGUGCUGCGUGCCGCGUGGUGACUGAGCUUUACUCCUCCAAUGUAGAAUUCAACUCUUCUCAAACGGACUGA